GAGAGAGAGAGAGAAAGAGAGAAAGAAAGAGAAAGAGAGAGAAUAAAUUGUCCGUGUUCGACUGUUCGUUCAUUGGCCUCCCGGCCCUCCCGCAGUCCCGCUUCUAAAAUGUAAGUACACCGCCGAUUCGCAGAGCUUCUUUUUAGGUUUUACUAAAUAUCCUGGUCCCCGACGAAGAUAAGAGAAGAGACUAAAGAGAGAUAGGAAAUCGGAGGAGCACUCGUACCUUCACAGAUCCUUCAGCUCCUGUUAAUGGGUGCUCCGAAGCAGAAGUGGACUGCAGAAGAAGAAGCAGCCCUUAAAGCUGGAAUAGCAAAGCAUGGGGCUGGCAAAUGGCGCACAAUACUGAGAGACCCUGAAUUCAGUAGUAUAUUGUCUAUGCGUUCGAAUGUGGACCUCAAGGACAAGUGGAGAAAUAUGAGUGUGACAGCACAUGGAUGGGGAUCUAGGGAGAAGGCUCGUUUAGCCCUUAAAAGGAGUCAACAAUUCCCCAAACACGAUGAUAACCCAAUGGCUAGUGAUGAAGAAAUAAUUGAUGCAAAGCCCCUUGCACUUCCAAGUGAAACAUUGCAGACUUCUGGUCUAAAAAGACCUAUGACAAGGUUAGACAAUCUUAUAUUGGAAGCAAUAUCCACUUUGAAUGAACCUGCAGGUUCUAACAAGACUGCUAUCGCUACAUACAUUGAGGAUCAAUGUUGGGCUCCUUCAAACUUCAAAAGGCCAGCACUGUCAGCAAAAUUGAAGCAUUUGACAGCAACUGGGAAAUUGAUUAAGGUAAAGCGUAAGUACAGAUUAGCACCAACCUCGAUUUUCUUAGAGGGAAGAAGAAUAAGCUCUGGGUUGCCACUCAUUGAGGGAAGACAGAAAGAUUCAGAAAAAGAUGAUGUGAAGACAUUUACUAGAUCCCAGGUAGAUGCAGAGCUGGCCAAGAUGCGACACAUGACUGCAAAAGAGGCUGCUGCUGCUGCUGCGCGGGCAGUUGCGGAGGCAGAAGCGGCCAUGGCUGAAGCUGAGGAGGCAACAGGAGAGGCAGAGGCGGCAGAAGCUGAUGCAGAAGCAGCACAAGCCUUUGCUGAGGCAGCAAUGAUGACCUUGAAUGGCAGAAACUUCUCAAAUCUGUACGAUGGUGAGAUAAUGGCUGCCCAAGGAGGAGAUGCCGGUGGUGGAGACAUAGCAUGGAACCAUGGAGUGCCAAUUGGAGGUGACAAGAGAAAAACACAAUGUAAUUAUUGUGGUAAGAAGAUCAUGGGAGGUGGGGCCACUAGACUGAAACAACAUUUGGCUGGGAAUGGUAAAGAUGUGGUCACAUGCCCUAUGGUUCCUGUGGAGAUUUCUAGGGCCAUAGCUAAAGUCAUGAGGGGAGGGAGGAGGGUAGAAAAAGGGAAGGCGAGGGUGCAAUUUGAGGAGACAAUUCUAGCGACCCAAUUAGGAGAGGGGGAUGGUGAUGACAGUGAUGAUAACAUGACAGUGCCUGACGACAUGUUCCGCCUCCAGUUGUGAGCGAAACUGGAGUACAUUUCCGCUCAAUCACUCCAAGAGGAGAUGGAACCGAUUGGUUU